AUGGGUCGCAAGAAGGGCUCGGGCAAAGCAAAAUCCACCGGCAAAAAGAACAGCUCGGACAUCAAACAAACCGAUAAGAAAGAUGCCAAAAUGAAAGAUGAUCCGGGUGGUGGCGGUCGCACAACCGGCGGAGGCAAUGGUGGCGUUAAACCCGCUAUGGAAAUAGCAAACCACGACCACCGUAUCGACGGCAAAGCGACGUCAGUGAGUCAGCGGCAGCAGCAGCAGCAGCAGCAGCAGUAUUUGUCCACCGCAGCGAACACGAACGGUGACGCUGGUGGAGAACGACCGGGCCAGCUAGCAGCAGCAGGAGCGGUGACAGUAGCACCGACAUCAUCAUCAUCAUCGUCAUCGGUGGCGAACCUCAAGUACCUGCACAAAAAGUUCAAGCGCAUCGCAAGCGCCACCGUCACGGAGGAAGAAGAAAAAGAACACCAGCGUGUGGCGGCGGGCGAACUGGUGGUGGUGAUUGGAAACGGUGACCGCCGAUCGGUGGAUCGGUCCGAUAGUGCGGCUGUUGCGUCAGCAGAUCAGCCACCGGCGGUGGUGCGCACGCACACCGACGCAGGAACCGUGGUGGUACCGGCGGUUUUGGUGCGAUCGCGUGAACCACCAGCGAACGAGGAAACCCGAAGCGAUGAGUCGUCACCGGCGGUGGAGGUGUACGUGAGAACCGGUGCCGGUGGAGGUCACCUGCCUGGUGGGCCCGGUGUACCGGUGGAAAGUUCCAUCCAACCACCACCAGGGGGCGCUCGCGAUUGGAACGGUGGUGCGACGAGUCUUAUCACAGCCGCCUUUGAUUAUCACCAACAACAGCAACAGCAGCAGCAGCAGCAGCGUCAAUAUCAUCAUCACCACAACCAGCUUCAUCCGUCACUGCAUGCUGGAGUGGCCACCGUUGGUUCGUACCCGUCAAACCCCCCGUACCCGUUGGUGUUGCACCAACCCCAGCUGCUGUACGGUCACCACAACCAACCGACGACGACGACGACAACCAGUGGAAAUAGCACGCCAAGUAGCAGCGUUUGUACGUACAACCGCAACAGCAGCAGCUUUAAUACUCACGCUGCCGGAUUGACCGCAACAGCACCAUCAUCGUUGUCUUCUUCUUCGUCUGUUUCCCCAAGCGGUGAUAACGGUGAUCCGGUCGCAAAUCGCGCCCUCGAGGAUCGCCAACACGACUCAAAGUCCGCUCCCACGGCGGUGCAGUACAUCGUAAGCUACUCGGUUCCACCGCAACAACAGCAACAACCCCGUGGUGGUGGUACACUGCUGGGGUACGCGAAUGGUGGCGCAACAGCGGCAGGGCAGCAACACACGGCCACGGUCCUAUCCUCGUCUUCCGGUGGUUCCUCCGGUUCACCAUCCCCACCGACGACGGAACCCGGCGGUGCCAAUCUAGCUCUAAUCGGGAACCUAACCGCCGGCACUAACACCGGCAACAACACGCCCGUUAUCAGCCCCAACCAACACCACCACCACCACCAACCGGUGCCCGGGGGGCUUGGUGGGGCGGGGGGGACGACGACGACAAUCGCCGUCACCCCGACGGGCCGGUACGUUUGUCCUUAUUGCCAGAUGAACUGCAGUAAACCGUCGGUGCUGGAGAAACACAUCCGGCGGCACACGAACGAGCGGCCCUUCAAGUGUGACCUGUGCGGGAUCGCGUUCAAGACGAAGAGCAACCUCUACAAACACCGCCGAUCCCGCGCGCACGCAUCCAAAAGCCAAGGGGAAGAUUCUUCCGGUUUGUCCCUGCUGGACGAGGACGGCGGUUCCCUCGGUGGUUCCGAUAUUGACGAUAAGGACCUGAGCAACAGUGGAUCGGAAAUCAUGAACUACCGCGGAUCACCGCUGGAUGAUCGGGUGAACUCGCCCCAGCUGCUGGUGGAAAAGCCGUACAAACCCAAGUUCCAUAAUGCGGCCCUCUACACCACGCGGUUCGAUAACAAACUCAAUGUUGGUGGCCAACCUCCAGCCACGGUUGGCCCAAGCGUAACCCCUACGGUACCGCAUUACUUGAACGGCCAAAACGUGGAGUCACUCGAGCAGCACAUUUCCAAGCUUAUCUCGCAAAACGAAGCCAUCGUCGAGGUGGUUGAGGCUCCGCUACAGAAGAAGUACCACAAAAUCACUGGUAUCAGCCGGGGCAUUUCGGUCAGUGGUACGUCCACGGCGGGCAUAACGUCCGUGCCGAACGUGGUUAGUGCAACGGCGGGGCAGAAUGGUCCCAUCGUUGGAAACGUUUGCGUACCAAUCCAGCAACAGCAGCAGCAACCGCAACAACCGGUUAUAACCCAAGAAAGUGCGUCCUCACGAUUGGCGAGUGCGUUGUUACAAAAACGUCAAGUUGAAGAAAUGCACGAGCUGCAACUGCAGCAACUGCAGCAACAACAGCAGCAGCAGCAGCACCAACAGCAACAACAUUACAUCAGCUACAUGCAUCAGCAGGCUCAGCAAAAUGUGAUAAAUUUGACCAGCAAACCCGUGGUGACACCAAAAACGAUGAUUGUCGUACAGCAGCAACCGUUGCUGCAAACACCCGGUCAGAUGGUCGCGUUCGGGGUCAUUCCUCCGGUGAUCGGAACUCAGCAGCCGCAGCAGCAGCAGCAGCAACCGCAACAACAGCAGUCACAAAAUCAGCUGCUAAAUGGCCCAGAAAGCGCACUCACUAACAGUUCCUCCACGGGUGACGGUGCGAAUGCUUAUCAACCGUUGAACCUUACCAAAGCAAGCACGACGCAAUCCGUCGUGCCGGGUGUGGUAAGGCCAUCGAUUUUGGCGGCAGCACCGUCAACCCCAGCCGCCGCCAUGCCAUCGUCCUUGCUGGUGACAGUUCCUACGAUUAGUUCCGUACCGGAAGAGGUCCCCGAGGCGUACCAACAGCAGCAGCAACACCCGUUGCCACCGUACCGGAAGCGCACACGGGAGCAAUCUCCGGUGGUCGUUGUAAGCACAACCGCCACCGUGGUGACGACCGUUUCGCAAACGAUCGCUGGCUGUUUGUCCUUCGCGCCUGUGACCGUUAGUUCCGUGGCCUCACAACCACCUCACGUGCCAUUGCACAUCCAAGUAACGACGCCAUCGACGACGGCUGUGGCCUCCAUGCCAGGUACCUCAACGGAACGGCCACACCGGCCUACACCAACACCGACUCCACCGCUUACCGUGGCAAAUCACCCCCAGAAUCCGGAACGUUCGAUCAUAAAGGACUUGCUGUUAAACUCGCGUGGUUUCGGCGUGGUGCAAAACCCGGACGGUGAGAACGGGGAGAAUCUGUACACAUGCAAAAUGUGUAACGUAUCCUUCCGCGACGUGGAUUCGCUGAAGUAUCACAUGAUCUGCUACUGCCAGGGAAGCGGAAGUGCACUGAAUAGUCCUUCGGCCUCUUCCAGCGCUCCGAUCAGUCCCGUUGGGUCACCCUCGGCAGCGGCUGCUUCGUACAUCCGCUCGAGCAGGUCCGUAAGCAGCCUAAAGAACCUGGCCCGGUGUUCGUUGAAUCCUCCCGGUCGGACGCCUUCUUCCCUGUCGAAACUGGCCAAAUCCCAGCUGACCCGACCGCGCGCCGCGAAACCGGAGAAUAUUUCCCUCACCGGAAUUGACGCUGCGCUGGCAAGCGGUUCCGGAAGUGCUUCCCAAGCGGUGGCCAGUGGUUCGAAACCGAUGGCCGUCGAAACGGUGCAGAAUCCGCUUCCAUCACCAGGUCCGUUGUUAGGGAACACGCGGCUGGUUGAGAGUGGAAAAUCUCCCCGAAGAACAGCCGCACCAUCGUCGGUCGGUGAAUCAAGUGAUGCCGCUUUAAAGCGGGCUCGUGUUGUUGCUGGUGCUCCCUCAGCAGCACCGGCAUCCUCGGAACCUGUGGAGGCUAAUGUAAGCGGUUCCAUUGUUCCACCGACAAGCGGAGGUGAAGCGGAAUUGAUCGAACGAUCACGGGAAGAUGAUCGUAAAAACGCACCCAACACAACACCAUCGACGGUAAGCGUCCACCAGUACGCUUCCGGUUCCGGUUCGUAUCUGCAGUACAACAACACCACGGAACCGGAGGACGAUGAAGCGCAACACCAACGUGAGCUUCACUUCCGGCGCACUGGAAUGCAUUCCGGUGGGACACUAGUCGAAGUGACCGAAACGAGUUCCGCUUCAGGAUCUCGUCCUAGCGUGUCUGUGGUGGGUUCCUCGAAACAACCCGUGGCCGUAGCAACCGCUCCGAUGCACUUCCAUUUUCCACCAAUCAACUCGAUCACGGCGUACAAUCCGUUGACGUUACCGGCGGCACCGGGGCAAGCGUCCCAGAUCGUGCACGGUGGCAAGUUGAUUCCGUUCGUUCAGGGCAUCCCCGGACCGAAUACGCUUUCAUCCGGUGGUCCAGCACCGAUGCACGAGAUGUUGCAACCGAACAGCAACACCCAGUCGCUGUUGACGAUCGUUGUGCCUGGUACGACCGGAAGUGGUUCCACGGGGGUGGCGGGUGUCGAUUCGAAGGAGGUACAGUACAAACAGCAGCAGCAGCAGCAGCAGCAACAGCACCAGCAACAAAUGGCUGGUUCCGGUUCGCUGCUCGCCACCGUUAGCACUCGAGGAAGUCCUUAUCCUCCAGCACAUGCUAGCGAACAGCAGCAUCUUCCCUUGGAACACCCGAAAAAGACGGCGGCACCGGUGAAAAAUGGCCUCUCACGACCGGAGAUAUGGUCACCGGCAAAACAGCAGUAUCUCGAUUUUAGUAGCCCUUCACCACCGACUCCGAAAAAGAGCUUUAACUUUUCGCGCAUUGCCGACAACAUUAGCCCACGGAAGAAGGAAACCACUGCCGGAAGUGCACCGAAACCGGAAGAGGUGCGCCAUUUCCACUUCGAGUCGGUGAUCGCUAAAUCGGACAUCCUGAUUAAACCACCGCCACCUCCUCCACCACCACCUCCGCCUCCAGCGUUGUCUUUGUCAGUGAAUGAAACCGGAAGUGGGUCGGGAACGGCACCAACGGAUGGAAGCGCUUCCUCCUCCAAACCGAACCGGUUCUUGCGCCCAACCACACUGCCCCUUAAACCUGGCACGUUUACCCCCAAACGGCACCACGGUAUUACACCGACCAACAACACGAUGCCGUUGAUUUCGCCGGAAACACCGCGUCCCUCGAAGAGCUGCCGGGAGCUGUACUUUAACGGGCACGCGUACACCAACAUCGGGUUAAAAUCGAGCACGAAACCGUUCUACUGUACCGUCAACCGUACGCAACCGUUUUACUUCCAAACGCAGAAGCAACUCUCGAUGUACAGCAACUGGCAGGUGCAUCCGGAAAACGAUCCACAUCCGCUCGGGUUGAAGCAAAUCACCGUGCUGUCGUUGUACGAUUCCAACCAGCAGCGGGAUCGACGUUAUUCCAUCGCUGCACCACGGACAGUUCCGUUGGCGAUCGUGAGUAGUGGCAAUGCCGGAAGCGACACCAGUGAAGCCACCCUAACCUCAAUUGGGGAAGCGAAAGUGCGCGUUUCACCGGUGGAAGUGAAGUCGAACGUUCCUUGCCCACCGGCGUAUGUCCUGGCGGCAUUGGCUUCACAACCACCGAGCAAUCCUCCGCCGUCGGUAGUGGCCACUGUACCGGUUGGUACCUCACCAGCUCCGGCUGGACCCUACGAGCAUUCCGGACGGUCAAUGUCACCGUUUGGUGAUAAAUCGAAACACUCUUCCGGGGAUGGUGGAGACGGUUCGGGACACCCGUCACGGAGUUGUUCCGCGGAACGGGCGCUUUCCGGUGGGUUUGAAAGCACCGCAGAGUACACGUACGUGCGGGGUCGUGGCCGCGGGAAGUACGUGUGCAAUGAGUGCGGUAUCCGGUGCAAGAAACCUUCGAUGCUGAAGAAACACAUCCGGACGCAUACGGAUGUGCGACCGUAUUCGUGCCAGUACUGCAGCUUUCACUUCAAGACGAAAGGUAACCUAACGAAGCAUAUGAAAUCGAAAAGCCAUUACAAGAAGUGCACCGAGUUGGGGCUGAAUCCGGUACCGGUGCACGUCGACGACGAUGGAGCGGAUAUCGAUAUCGAAGGUGACCAGCAGUCGGUGUCGAGCGAACGAACGUCGACGAUUCCGGGUGAUUCCGACUCGAUGACCGAUACCGAUGGCGAUGAUACGGAUGAUAGUGAGGACAUGAAAAGCCGUCUACCAGAACAUGAAGCUGCCGAAGGCUUGCUGUCGCUCUCGAUGACGCGUCCAACCUCCGCCUGCAGCAGUUUAGGCACUGGCCAGCAAACAACGGUGCCUUUGGUCGGUGGUGUACCGGAAGCUGCCGCCGCAUACAUAUCGCAGCGUAUCAACUCCUACCUGGUGGCGGAUCAGGAACAGCACCACCACCAAGGGCAGCAGCCUCUAAAGUACACCGAUGGUUCACCGAAACCGCCACGCUCGCAAACACCUCCCACGGAGACGGAACCACCGAGGCGGAUCAUAACGUACGGUGGUGGUUCGAAGUUGGAGUUUAACCUGCUAAAGCACGAGCAGUACUACUCGGAUCCGAACGUGGGCAAACGCAGGCGUGACGCCGGUGAACGGUCUUAUCCGACGGCUAGCGAUGAAGCUGCAGCUCAGGCGGGAGAUGCGGAUGAUGAGGACGAAACGGUUCGACCGAUCGAUUUGACCAAGAAACCUCGCAUGCAAGCUGCUAAUGUGGCUGCUCAGCCACAGUAUGAUCGUUCACCGCAACAACCGCUUGCUAUGGUAACGCCGGCACAAUCGCAGCAUCCUUUGACCGGGUUGCAUCAUUCCACGGGACAACCGAGGUAUGAGCUCGAGCGAGUGCCCCAUCAUCAGCAGUUGUUGGUGUACGAAGAUCGUCAUCAUGGUGUGCAGUUGCAGCAGGAUCAGCAGCAACAGCAGCAGCAACCGCAACACCUCCAGCAGCAGGUCAUCAUUCGUGUGUCGGAUGUGCUGACGCCAAUCAGCGGGACGGCAAAUCUGCUAACGACGCUGGUGUCUAAUACGGACAAGAUUCCGAUGAUGAUGGGUCCGUUCGAGCCGAUCGUAGGUGCAACACCCGGUGGGGCUGGAGUUGAUGAGAAUGCGUACUUCCACGAGUACCUCAAAGAGCGCGCUUUGCAGGACACCCGUAUCAAGCAGAGUCAGAUGAAACCGACAACCGGGGGGCUUGUAAUACGGGACAGUCACCUUCUGCAGGGUCAGCUAACCGGUGGUGUUCAUGAUUCGGUGCUUCCGGUGCAUGAAGAACCGCGCGGUGGUGUGCCGCAGGUUGUGGUUCCGAUUGCGGGGACCAAAACGACACCUUCUUUACCUCCGGUUGCUGUUGGUGCCAUGCCACAGACAACGAUACCUCCCAUCAUUAUGGCAACGGCCGCCGUUGUUCCCGCCACAGCCCCCGAGCGGGUGUAUCGGAUCUUUAGUGGCAAAAACGAUCGUCCCCGAUCGUUGCCACUAACGAUGGAGGUUGAGGCGAAAAGCGCUUCGGUGGUUGAGCUGGAAAAGGGCAAGCUUGUGGAGGAGAGCGUGGUUCCUAAGCCACCGCAAGGUGAUCUUCCGACGGGAAUUCUCUGCAACGAAGGACCACUGGUGCCCGAAAAUGCCUCACGGAUGGACACGUUGGCUGAGAUUGCUGCCGGCUCAUUAAAGCUGGAUGUGUCCCGGGUUCAACCGGCACCGGGUGUGGGUUCGGAACCGAUCACAGCCACUACCCGGCCUCGAUGUAAUAGUACAAAUGCGUCCAGCGGGAAAGUGAGCGCACCUCCGGCGGUACCGGAAAGCGCAAAAACGCUGGCCUCCGAGUACCUGAAGCUGGCCCAAUCGGUGACCAACAUCGGUGGUGGGUCGUUACGGAAGCGAACCGAGAGUGAGAGUGCGAUUGGUGGUGGUGCUAUGUCUUCUGAUGUUGAAACUGUUGCCAUUAGCGCCCCGGAAGUGCCUCAAACGGUCGGUUCUGGGCAAGUGCAAUCAAUGGCCACUCCACAGCAACAGCAAGGACCGCAGUCGGGACAACCGGUAGGUACAUCCGGAACAGUCCCCCCAUCGCAACCAAGUGGAACCGAGGGUCCAGCUAGCGGUGGCAUUGGCCCUCCAGCCCGUAAAGUCGUCGUGGUCGGUGAGGAGGGUUUCAAGAGCGCACCGGUUCGUGGCACCACCGGCGAAUUCCUCGGAACGCCUCCAUCCGCGUUUACACCGAUGCACCAGGAAGACGGUGGCAGGCCGGUUUGUGACAUUUGCAACAAAAAGUUCCACAAGCUUUCGCAGCUCAGCAUCCACAUGAACAUCCACUACAUGGAGCGGAAGUACCGGUGUGAACCGUGUGGCACCAGCUUCCGAUCGCAGGGGCUUUACCUCAAGCACGAACGAUCGGCCACGCACCGGAACAAGGUCUCGAUGACGACGACGUUCGGUGUGGCGACGGAUAGCAACCCGCGGCCGUUUUAUUGCCGCGAUUGUGAGGUUGGUUUUCGGAUACAUGGCCACUUGGCGAAACACUUGCGCUCGAAGAUGCACGUGCUGAAGCUGGAGUGUCUCGGGAAGCUACCGUUUGGGACGUACACGGAGAUCGAGCGAUCGGGAACGAAUCUGACGGAGAUCGACACGUCGGAUUGUGAGAAUUCGCUGUCGAGUUUGAAGCGGCUUGCGACCCGGUUGAAUGUGAAAGAUCCGGCUAAGGUGUUGCCAGCUGGUGCUCCUGGUGGUGGUGGUGGUGGUAGUAGUAGCAGCAGCAGUAGCAGUAGCAGCAGUACCGGUGUGACCGGUGGCAUCAGUGGCAAUGAGACGGAUAGCUGCGAGGAUAAUGAGGAGGAACCAUCGCCGGUGGUGGUGAACGGAAAUGUGACCGCUGACGAGGAACAGCGUAACAUCAACAACAACGUGAAGCGGAAGUCGGACGAUGUGGCCACUACUGAGGACGACUCCAAGCGGGCACGGUACACGGCCGAACUGGAGGGGGCGCUGUUUCCGCAUCCUUCCGUAGCAGCGCCCUCUGGCGGGCGAUCCGUUGUAACGGUGGAAGGAGCCGCCAGCAGCAACAGUUAG